UGCCUCUCGUGUCCAGGCUGCGCUCGUGGAUUCAAACGCCUUUUCCAGUGCACGAGCGGACCGCGCGCUACAACUCGAGCUGCUGCUGACUUGUCCGCCUCGCGCGCUGCUGUCCUCGUGCGUGGACGGUUAUCGCGCUGUUUUUCAUCCAUCUAAACGAUCCACACGCGCGCACAGAGGAGGAGACACCGGGAGCGCAGGGGAUGCCGCGGCUUUGAACUGGACUCACCGGAGUGAGCGCGGGCAGCUCGCGCUCUCCGCCGUUACUUUGAUUCAGAGGCGCCGCUGCUUCUUCUGCUGCUGCUGCGGAGACACGAAACACCGGGACUUGAGAGUUUCUCCCCGAGUUUUUUGGGUGAAUCAUUACAGAGUGAAGCGGACAUCAGUCAUCGACCUCAUAAAGUCAACAUGUGAUUUAACUGGCACAGAUGAGACCUAUUCCUGCGGACUAUAACACGGAGAAGAAUAGCUGGAUAUGUUUAUUGGGCUGAGAAAUAUAACAAUAAAGAAAGGCGUUUGGAUUGUCAGGAUACUUUGAACUACUUCUGCAACAUGGUCAGUUUUUGGGAUUUUUUACUUUUAUCAUGAGUCUAUUUUCGUGAGUUUACCACUGAGAGACCGUGAAUGUGACACGAUGAGUCUGACCAAAAGAAGAAAAUUCAGGACAUUUGCUCUUUUGGUGUGCAUUAUAACUUUCACAACAUUCCUGUUCAGCUACACCCUUCGAGAUACCUAUUCUUCACUUCACUUUUUCAAAUACGCCUUUCACCUGUCGGACUCUAAAGGACUAUGCGCCUGCGAGCAAUGCAUCGUGGAACUGGACGACGACCCGUGGUUCGCCGAGCGCUUCAAUCAAUCCAUCCACCCACUGAUGACCAGGGACAACAGCGCGCUCUCCGAUGAAACCUAUAAAUGGUGGCAGUGGCUCCAAGCUGAACGAAACCCAGCCAACUUUACCCAAGUGGUGGAAGAGUUGUUCCAAGUCAUCCCCGAUGAGGUGCUCUACAUGGACGCCAGCCCUGAGCGCUGCAGAACCUGCUCAGUGGUGGGGAACUCUGGAAACCUGAAGGGGGCGCACUAUGGCUCACUCAUCGAUUCCAGUGACUUCAUCAUAAGGAUGAAUCAGGCUCCUACCAGUGGCUUUGAGCAGGAUGUUGGUUCCCGAACCACUCAUCACCUCAUCUACCCAGAAAGUGCCAUCGACCUGGACAACAGCACCAGCCUGGUCCUGAUUCCAUUCAAGACUCUGGACCUGCAGUGGAUCGUUAGCGCCCUCACUACCGGCACUAUUACACAUACCUAUUUGCCGGUGAUGUCCAGGAUAAAGGCUAACAAAGAUAAGGUGCUGAUUUACAGUCCCACAUUUUUUAAGUAUGUCUAUGAGUCUUGGCUUGAGGGACACGGGCGAUAUCCCUCCACUGGGUUCCUGAGCUUACUGUUCGCAGUCCACAUAUGUGAUCAGGUCAACAUAUUUGGAUUUGGUGCAGACCAAAAAGGGAACUGGCACCACUACUGGGAGGAUAACCUCUUGUCCGGAGCUUUUCGACACACGGGGGUCCAUGAUGGAGACUAUGAAUACAAUGUGACCCUGCUCCUGGCGGACAAGCACAAAAUCAAGAUGUUUAAAGGCAGAUAAUAGUGAGCCAUGUGCCUGUGCUGCGAGACAGCCUAACGAAGCCCAGCGCCUUUAAUGAUGCCUCACACCUCCACCUGCUGACACGCUUAAAGGACAUGUUCACACAAGCCCUUCUGAUCGGCUCUUUUAGGAAUCUGAGCUCCGGCCACAAGAGGAGAAUGAUGACCAUGAAUGUGUAAUUGUCAGCUUUGUGACGGGCAGAAUUGUGAUAAUUAAAAACCUAAAGAUUUUUUAAACUUUGUGAAGGGAUUGUUGUCAGAAAAAAAAAUCAUAAAAAAGGUGCACUCUGUAAUUGUCUGGUUGCUUAUCGCAGUGAUUAUGUUAUUACUUUGCCUGGACUGUUCCACAUUAUGCCUUUAAACUUGGCUAACCCCAUGGAGAUAACCAGGUAAUGCCACACAGUCAUGUUUUGAAGUGUGGUUGUUUUUUUUGUUUUUUUUAAUGUGUUUGGAGCUUUCGACCAUGUUAUAACAUUGGCUCAUCAAAAGAUGGCUGAAGACUUUUUAUAUGUCGACCUUGCUUGAGUAAUUUAGCAAUCUCUCCUGGGCCCUGUUCGAACCCUCAUUGUGGUUAGAAAUACAAGCCUGUCCAAGAUUCAACCCACAUGCCUAAGUAACCCACUCUCCCACACAGCCAUUUUUAAAAUAUAUACACAAAAGCCUG